AUGCAAAACCUUCAAGAAAAGAAAUCAGCUCUAUGUUCUGGAGGCUGUGAUGUAACUCCUGACAGAACGCUUCCAUUGUUGAAACAGGUAUAUGAUAUUUCUUCCUCGCAUGUAGGGGUUGAUGAGAACUUCAUUAAGCAAUCAACUAACAGGAAUGGCAGAAUGCAAGACACAACUCCUUACUGUUUUCAUGAUUCAUCUAGUCCUGUCUGGUCAACUGAAGAUAGUGACCAAUGCUCAGUUGCUAGCCGUAGUUUAAACGUUGAUUAUGUUGGCCAAACCUCUCGUAAAUCGUUGGACAAUGCACCUGACAAUUCCGAUGCUGACUCAGCAUUCCCUUAUUUGUGUUACAAAAGAGACUUACCCUUGUCUCCUGUGGACAAAGUAUACGAUAUGCAUAAACUAGAACAUCGUGCUUACAAGUCAACAGUGGAGGCAUUGUUGUCUUCAGGUCCUUUAGCUUGGGCAAAGGAGUCUCUGCUAACAAAUCUCUGCUUCAGCCUAAACAUUUCAGACGAAGAACAUCUACUCCUGCUCAGAUACCUUUUGUCUACUCAAGCUCUUUGA